ACCAUGCGCUCGGCGCAGACCUUCUCCUCCGCCCUCGCCGAGAUGCAGAAGUUCUACGGCAUCGCCGUCACCGGCAUCCUGGAUGAGGAGACCAAGGCGUGGAUGAAACGUCCCCGCUGCGGAGUCCCGGACCAGUUUGGGGCGCGGAUGAAGUCCAACAUGCGGCGGAAGCGGUACGCGCUGACGGGGCGGCGCUGGAGCCAGAGCCAUCUUACCUUCAGCAUCCAAAACUACACGGAGAAGCUGGGUCGAUACCACUCGUACGAGGCCGUUCGCCGAGCUUUCCGGGUGUGGGAGCAAGCCACGCCGCUGGUUUUCCGGGAGGUGCCCUACGAGGACAUCCGGCAGAAGCGGAAGAAGGAGGCCGACAUCAUGGUGCUCUUCGCCUCCGGCUUCCACGGAGACAGCUCCCCCUUCGACGGCGUCGGCGGGUUUUUGGCUCACGCCUAUUUUCCCGGUCCUGGCAUGGGGGGGGACACGCAUUUCGACUCAGAUGAGCCCUGGACGCUGGAGAACGCGGAUGUGUCUGGGAACAACCUUUUCUUGGUGGCCGUGCACGAGCUGGGGCACUCGCUGGGCUUGGAGCACUCCAGCAACCCCAGCGCUAUCAUGGCUCCCUUCUACCAGUGGAUGGACACGGAGAACUUCCAGCUGCCCGAGGAUGACCUCAAGGGCAUCCAGCAGCUGUACGGUACCGUGGAUGGGCACCCUCAGCCCACCAAGCCUUUGCCCACCGUGACACCCCGGAGACCUGGCAGGCCAGACCAGAGACCCCCUAAACCACCUCCCCCGGGGAAACCCGAGCGACCCCCCAAACCUGGCAGCCCAGACCGACCUGACCAGUACGGCCCUGACAUCUGCGACGGGAACUUCGACACGGUGGCGGUGCUGCGUGGGGAGAUGUUUGUGUUCAAGGGCCGGUGGUUCUGGAGGGUCCGGCACAACCGGGUGCUGGACAACUACCCCAUGCCCAUUGGGCACUUCUGGCGGGGCCUCCCCGGGGACAUCGACGCCGCCUACGAGAGGCAUGACGGGAGGUUCGUCUUCUUUAAAGGUGAGCAGGGAAGCUGGGUNNNCCGAGAGGCCAACCUGGAGCCCGGGUACCCACAGCCCCUCGUCACCUACGGGCAGGGCAUCCCCUACGACGGCAUCGACACGGCCGUCUGGUGGGAACCCACGGGCCACACCUUCUUCUUCCGUGGGGACAGAUACUGGCGCUUUAACGAGGACACCCGCUCAGGGUGGCCAGGUUGUGGGGUGCCCAGUUUUUGGGGUGCCCUGUGCCUGCCCACUGACACCUCACCUCCGUCUUCUCCCCCCACAGCCUCCACCUACUUCUACAGAGGCACAAAGUACUGGAAAUUUGACAACGAGCGACUCAAGACGGAGCCGGGUUAUCCCAAAUCCAUCUUACGGGACUUCAUGGGCUGUCACACGGAGCUG